AUGACAUUACGAGUUCUUGAAUUUUAUUCUGGCAUUGGUGGAAUGCAUUAUGCGGCUGAACUAGCUGAAUGGAAUCAUGAGAUAUUAAAAGCUUUUGAUAUCAAUACUGUUGCGAAUGAGAUCUAUCGACACAAUUUUGGUGCCAAGCUUCGUUUAAUUGAAACUCUUUCGAUUGAAUACUACAGUGAUAUUGCUGCCGAUGUCUGGACAAUGUCCCCUCCGUGUCAACCUUAUACACGUAUCGGUUUGAAACAGGGUAGUCAGGAUGGGCGGGCAAAGAGUUUCUUGCAUUUGCUAGACGUUCUGAAAGGCAUGAAGAACCGACCAAAAUAUAUUCUUGUAGAGAAUGUAAAAGGGUUUGAGGAGUCUGACUCCAGAGAUAUGCUCGUAGAUACUCUCGGGCAAUGUGAUUAUGCAUUCCAAGAGUUUAUGUUAACUCCUCUACAACUUGGUAUACCCAACUCCAGAAUGCGAUACUACCUCUUGGCCAAGUUGAAACCAUUGACGUUUGCACUGAACCCCACAAAUUCCAUUCUUGGAUAUGUACCAUUUUCCGCUCAUAUGUCAUCCGAAUUUGUCGACAGUAGAACAAGAGUGAUAUCAAACGAAGAGCAAUUGAUAGAAAGAACAUCCGUAGAAAUCGAGCCUUUGUCAAAUUACUUGGAUCCAUUGGCUGACAUUACUCCAUACAUAGUCCCUGACAAGGUUCUUGCAAAACAUAGUCAUGUAUUUGAUAUCGUAAAACCAGACAGCCGACGCAGAUACUCUCAUUAUGCAGAGGCAACCGGAUCUGUUCUUCAGAUGAAUACUGAUGCAGAUGCAGCUAUAGCCAAAGCUAAUGGCGAGACAGAAAAUCAACUCGAUCUUCUACACACGCUUCAGUUGCGAUAUUUCGCGCCUAGAGAGGUUGCUAACCUGAUGGGUUUCCCAAAGUCGUUUACAUUCCCCGAUACUUCUAGUUUGAAACAACGAUAUAGAACACUUGGCAAUAGCAUCAACGUACGCCUUGUAUCUGAAUUAAUGCGCUAUCUAUUGAAAGAAAAUACCACUGUGUAA